UGUAUCUGCAUGUGUGUGUGUAUGUGAUUGAACAGUUCUCGUUUCAGUGAGUCCCCGUGUUGUAGAGGUAUGAGGAAGUAGGUGUGAGAGCUGCAGCACGACAUGAUCAGGAGCCCAGCCACCAGGGCUCAGUGUCUCUCCCCCUCAGAGUCUCUCUGUCUCUCCCCCUCAGUGUCUCUCCGUCUCUCCCUCUCGGUGUCUCUCUGUCUCUCCCCCUCUCCCCCUCAGUGUCUCUCUGUCUCUCCCCCUCGGGGUCUCUCUGACUCUCUCCUCUCCCCCUCUGGGAUGGCCCUUUGCUGAGGGCACCAGGAACUCAUCAGGAUUACUCCACUCCUCUCUCCCUCUCUGGAACUUGGACGCUGCCACAGGAGAGUCGGAGUUGGGGACCUCUGCCAACACAGCUCAGUGCCACCAUGGCCAAGUACCACUGGCAGAGCCAGAACGUGAAGCAGAGCGGGGUGGACGACAUGGUCCUGCUGUCCAAGAUCACAGAGGACUGCAUCGUGGAGAACCUGAAGAAGAGAUACCUCGACGACUACAUCUUUUCCUACAUCGGCUCUGUGCUGAUCUCAGUUAACCCGUUCAAACAGAUGAACUACUUCACCGACCGGGAGGUGGAGCUCUACCAGGGGGCAGCCCAGUACGAGAACCCACCCCACGUCUACGCCCUGACCGACAACAUGUACAGAAACAUGAUGAUCGACACGGAGAACCAAUGUGUCAUCAUCAGCGGGGAGAGUGGAGCAGGGAAGACGGUUGCCGCUAAGUACAUCAUGGGCUACAUCUCCAAGGUGUCUGGAGGCGGAGCCAAAGUACAGCAUGUGAAAGAUAUCAUCCUCCAGUCCAAUCCUCUGCUGGAGGCGUUUGGUAACGCCAAGACCGUCCGCAACAACAACUCCAGUCGCUUCGGGAAGUACUUUGAGAUCCAGUUCAGCCGCGGCGGCGAGCCCGACGGCGGGAGGAUCUCCAACUUCCUGCUGGAGAAGUCCAGGGUGGUGAGCCAGAACGAGAGCGAGAGGAACUUCCACAUCUUCUACCAGAUGAUAGAGGGCGCCAACGCCCAACAGAAGGAGGGCCUCGGGAUCAUGACACCGGACUACUACUAUUAUCUCAACCAGUCCGGGACCUACAAAGUGGACGGCACCAACGACAGCAAAGACUUCCAGGAAACCAUGGAGGCCAUGCAGGUGAUCGGGAUCUCGGGGGCCAUACAGGGCCAGGUGCUGCAGAUCAUCGGAGGCAUCCUGCACAUGGGCAACAUCAGCUUCAUCGAGGCGGGCAACUACGGCCAGGUGGAGAGCCCCGACCUGCUGGCCUUCCCCGCCUACCUCCUUGGUGUCGACGCAGCGCGCCUGCAGGACAAGCUGACCAGCCGCAAGAUGGAGUCCAAGUGGGGAGACAAGUCGGAGUCCAUCAGCGUGACGCUCAACCAGGAGCAGGCCACCUACACGCGGGACGCCCUGGCCAAGGCCCUCUACACGCGGGUCUUCGACUACCUGGUGGAGAGCAUCAACAGAGCCAUCCAGAAGCCAGACGAGGAGUUCAGCAUCGGAGUGCUGGACAUCUACGGCUUUGAGAUAUUUCAGAGGAACGGCUUUGAGCAGUUCUGCAUCAACUUUGUGAACGAGAAGCUGCAGCAGAUCUUCAUCGAGCUGACCUUAAAGGCAGAGCAGGAAGAGUACGUUCAGGAGGGCAUUAAGUGGACUCCAAUCGAGUAUUUCAACAACAAGGUGGUCUGUGACCUCAUUGAGAACAAAUUGAACCCCCCCGGCAUCAUGAGCGUUCUGGACGACGUGUGCGCCACCAUGCACGCCAAGGGCGAGGGGGCCGACCUCACGCUGCUGCAGAAGCUGCAGGGCCAGGUGGGAACGCACGAGCACUUCAACAGCUGGAACUCCGGCUUCAUCAUACACCACUACGCUGGCAAGGUGUCGUACGACAUCAACGGCUUCUGUGAGCGGAACCGGGAUGUGCUGUUCAUGGACCUGAUUGAGCUCAUGCAGAGCAGUGAACAUGACUUCAUCCGUAGCCUGUUUCCUGAUAACCUCAGCGCUGAGAAGAAGGGGAGGCCGACAACAGCGAGCACCAAGAUCAAGAAACAAGCCAACGACCUGGUCAACACCUUGAUGAAGUGUACACCUCACUACAUCCGCUGCAUCAAACCCAACGAAACCAAGAGGCCCAAGGACUGGGAGGAGAGCCGGGUGAAGCAUCAGGUGGAAUACCUCGGACUGCGGGAGAACAUCCGCGUGCGUCGGGCUGGCUUUGCCUACCGCAGAGCGUUCAAUAAGUUCCUGCAGAGGUAUGCCAUCCUGACAGUAGAGACGUGGCCGUGCUGGCGGGGGUCGGAGCAGCAGGGAGUGCUCCACCUCCUCCAGUCGGUCAACAUGGACCAGGACCAGUACCAGAUGGGACGCGCCAAGGUUUUCGUCAAGAACCCCGAAUCUCUGUUCCUUCUGGAGGAGAUGAGGGAGAGGAAGUUCGACACCUUCGCCCGGACCAUCCAGAAGGCCUGGAGGAAAUACAGCGCCAGGAGGAAGUACGAGCAGAUGAGGGAGGAGGCCUCGGACAUCCUGUACAACUCGAAGCAGCGGCGCCGGAACAGCAUCAACCGGAACUUCGUGGGCGACUACCUCGGCCUGGAGCACCGGCCCGAGCUGCGGCAGUUCCUGGCCAAGAGGGAGCGUGUCGACUUCGCUGACUCUGUCAAUAAGUUCGACCGCAGGUUUAAGUCCGUGAGGCGGGACCUCAUCCUGACCCCCAGGUGCAUCUAUCUGAUUGGCCGAGAGAAGGUGAAGAAGGGCCCUGAGAAGGGCCAGAUCAGAGAGGUGCUGAAGCGGAAGCUGGAGUUCAACAGCAUCAGUGGUGUUUCUCUGAGCACCAGACAGGAUGACUUCUUCGUGCUGCAUGAGGCCCAGUACGACAGCCUGCUGGAGUCCAACUUCAAGACGGAGUUCCUGAGCCUGCUCUGCAAGCGCUACGAGGAGAACGUCAAGAGCAGACUGACGCUGGCCUUCGCUGACAGGCUGGAGUUCAAGGUGAAGAAGGAGGGCUGGGGCGGGGGGGGCAGCAGGCUGCUGCUCUUCCAGAGCGGCCCGGGGGACCUGGCCCAGGUCAAAGCCGGAGGGAAGACGCUCACCGUGACCGUGGGCGACGGGCUGCCCAAAACGUCCAAACCGACCAGGAGGACUGCUCCGCAGUCCCGUGGGGGGGGGCGCUCCCAGCAGCCCAGAACAGGGCACGCCAAUGGGGCUGCUCCUUCUUCCAGAGGCCACGCCCCCCAGAGGGAGGUGAAUGUGCCCUACAGCGCCCCCCAGAGGCAGGGCCGCCCGCCCAGCGCAGCACUGCCCAAACUGGGCUCCCACAAAGCCCCCCGAUUACAGACCCCCAAGCACCAGCAAGGGAACCAGGACUUCCUCAACGUGCCGGACCAGGGCAUGUCCGGGGCCCAGAGGAAGAGGAGCGUGGGGCACCGGCCCCCGCCCGCCCCCAAGCCCCGGGCGCAGCCGCAGGGCCCCCAGUGCCGCGCCCUGUACCAGUACGUGGGCCAGGACUCCGACGAGAUCAGCUUCAACAUCAACGACGUCUUCGACCUGGUCAAAGAAGACCCUUCAGGCUGGUGGACCGGCAAGAUUCAGGGGCGUGAAGGCCUCUUCCCUGGGAACUAUGUGGAGAAGAUCUGAUCCGACGGCCCUGUCGGUCCUACAGGCCUGAAGGAGAGCAAUAGCACCAAAGAGAGAUGGAAGACUUGCACUGAACUCUUUGACUUAAUUAUGAGUCAGUCCGAUUAACAUCAGCAAUCAGAUGGUAUUGAUGGCAUAUCUUUGGUGGAAUUGACAGCUACAGUGUUAAAGAAAAUAAUAAUAAAAGUUAACUAUGUGAGGCAACCUAGUAGCUCCUCACUCCCACGUGAUUGGGGUGGGGUGAACUGUAAACAUUAGAUUGAGGUAUUUAAGGACGCUGUAAUAUCGGGCGUGAGUACUAGACGCCUGCGUCUGAUAUUACCCGUUCGGCAGCAUACUGUCGAGAGCAUCUUGUUGUGUUGGCGUGUGUUGCUAGAAGCCUCUCAGGUUUCAUCAAUUGCUGUUCAGAACGUCCUGCUCUAUAGGACCUCUAUAGGACCCCCCCCCCCCCCCUCCUCGCUGCUCUGCUUUUUAAAACCACCUGAACUUUCUGGUUCUGCUUUUACCGAUAGCUCAUAUCAAUUAUCUUUUGCUAAAAAUGUAUUUCAUAUGUUUUAGGUUACAAUAUUGUGGUACUGCUGUUUUUAUUAACAGAUGUUUGUGCCAUUUACAGAAAUGGCUGGAUUGUUUUGAACCUAUUUUAGAUUUGCUUUUGUAAAGUUUUUUCAAACUGUAAUUUCAAUCAAUGGCGUUUAAUUGUACAUGAAUUAAACACGGAAAGACAAUGACUGUUGAUCACACUCCUACACACUGGUCGAGGCGCCUCAGAAUAUUUAAGGAUUUAAUCCGUAGUAAGGUCUGACGUGGACUCCUGAACAGGGGCGGUUCUGGGGUGGGGCCAGCCGGGGCCAGUGCCCCCGUAAAACUGAGCUCGUGGCCCCCAGUGGGCCCCCCUCCAAUCUUUAUUUUUUUUACCUCCGCCCGGCCGGGGGGUCGAUUGCUUGCGAUGGUGUGGCACUGAAGCACAAGGUGGUACUUGAGAUUUAUAAUAUAUAAUUUUGACUUUAUUGCUGUUGGUGAUGUAUGAUACUGAGUGGUUUGAUGUCAGUGAAGGAAACCCAAAAGGUCAUAAUAUUGACGAUUGCUUUAACCAAUGAAACAUUUCAAAUGUAUAAUAUUGACAAUUGCUGUAACUGAAGGAAACACGUAAUACGAUGCUACUGAAAUAAAUGCUGUGAGGGGAAAAAGCCAA